UAGAAAAAGGAAUGAAAAAACAGUGUGUAUCAAAAUUGGGCAAAAGCUUCUACAUUUCGGAGGCGGCCACACCUUAUCACUGCUAGUAUACCGCCACCGCAACCCCCAUCCCUUCCCUUCUUUGCCGUUGAGCUGUCGAAUGGGCAAUCCAAAGCAGAAGUGGACCUCCGAGGAGGAGGAAGCGCUGCGCGCCGGGAUCGCCAAGCACGGCGCCGGAAAGUGGAAAAAUAUUCAGCGUGACCCCGAAUUCAACCACCUCCUCUUCUCUCGCUCCAACAUUGACCUCAAGGAUAAAUGGCGGAACUUGAGUGUAGCGAAUGGCCAAGGGCCUAGAGAUAAAUCAAAGACACCAAAGACAAAGGCGGAUCCUGCUGAAGCCCCUGCAACUCCACUCCCCAUUGCACAGACCACUGCAUCUGUUCCAUCUUGUCAGGAUGCGUCAACUGAUGUAGUCAUGUUAGAUUCUUCAAGGCCCUUACCUGAUGGAAAUAAUGCUUCCAAGUAUAAUUCAAUGAUAUUUGAAGCAUUGUCUACUCUUCAAGAGCCAAAUGGUUCAGAUUCUGGUGCAAUCGCUAAUUAUAUUGAGCAAAGGCAGGAAGUACCACAAAAUUUCAAGAGGGCACUGAGUUCUAGAUUGAGGAGGCUUGUGCAGCAAGAUAAACUUGAAAAGGUUCAGAAUAAUUGCUACAGAAUAAAAAGUAAAACAGAGUUAGACACAAGAAUCCCCAUAGCAAGACCGAAAGAACUGCAGCCCAGACAAGUCCAGAGCAUUGGUUAUCUAGGCAACACAGUCGAGGAAACAGCUGUGUCUGCUGCUUAUAAAAUCGCAGAAGCUGAAAACAAAUCAUUUGUUGCUGCUGAAGCAGUGAAAGAGGCGGAAAGGGUUUCCAUGAUGGCCGAGGACAUGGAAUCACUCCUCCAGUUUGCUACAGAUUGUCACGACCAAAGUGUGCGAGGCGAUAUUGUUCUGAUGGCAUAGGAUCUAUCUACAGUAGAGAAAUAUCGAUAACCUUAUUUCAGAAACGUGUAAAUAACUAAGCAGUUGCUGUAUUUUUGUAGACGAACUAUGCGUGUAAUUGCUGUACUACUAUAACUUAAUUCAUUUACCAGUAAUGAAAAGAUUCUUCAAGCU